AUGAAUUUAAAUGAUGAUGAUGAUAAUUAUAAUUCAGCAAUAGUAAUUGAUAAUGGUUCAUAUUUAUGUAAAGCAGGAUUUGGUGGUGAAGAAUCUCCUCGAGCAAUUUUUAGAUCAGUAGUUGGAAGACCAAAUUUUUGUACUAGAGGAGUUAAAAAUGGAAUGGGACAAAAAGAUUGUUAUGUUGGUGAUGAAGCAAUUGUAAAAAAGAGUAUUCUAUCAUUGAAAUGUCCAAAUGAAUCAAAAUCACCAGUGAAUUGGGAUGACAUUGAAAAGAUAUUACAUCAUGUAUUUUAUAAUGAAUUAAGAGUAACCAUCGAUAAAGGUGUAUUAUUGAGUGAAAUACCAUUGAAUCCAAAAGAGAAUAGAGAAAGAAUCACUCAAAUUAUGUUUGAAACAUUUGAUACACCAAAUUUUUAUUUAGCUAAUCAAUCAGUACUAUCAUUAUAUUCCAAAGGUCGUUUAAAUGGUAUAGUUUUAGAUAGUGGUAAUAAUAUAACAUAUACAGUUCCAAUCUAUGAGGGUCAUUCAAUACCAAAUUCAAUCAAUCAAUUGGAAAUAGCAGGAAAUUCAGUAACUGAAUAUUUAAUGAAAAUAUUAAAUGAAAAUAGGGGUUACAAUUUCACAACAUCAUCUGAAAAAGAAAUUGUAAAAGAUAUAAAAGAAAAAUUUGGUUUUAUCAGUUUAAAUUAUAAUAAUGAUCUUUACUCAACCAAGGUUGCAACUAAUGAAAUUGAAAAAUCAUAUCAAUUACCAGAUGGACAAAUGAUAACAAUUGGAAAAGAAAGAUUCAUUUGUGGUGAAGUAUUAUUUGAACCAAGUUUAGUAAAUAUUGAAUCUUAUGGCGUUCACCAACUAUUAUAUAAUUCAAUUAUAAAUUGUGAUUUUGAAAUUAGAAGAGGAUUAUACAAUAAUAUCAUUUUAUCAGGCGGUACUACAAUGUUACCAGAUUUCAAUGAUCGUAUUAAAAAUGAAUUAAUUAAUUUAUCACCUUCAUCAAUGAAAAUUAAAGUUGUUGAAAAUAAUACAAAUGAAAACAAUUCCCACUUGGCCUGGAUUGGUGGUUCAAUAUUUUCAAGUUUAUCAACAUUUGAACAACAAUCAAUUAGUAAACAAGAAUAUAUGGAAUAUGGUUCAAAAAUAAUACAAAGAAAAUGUUUUUAA